CCGGUGAGGCCUCUAUUUCUCUCUUUCGCCUGCAUUUUGUCCGCCCCCGCCCCUGUGGAUGGCCGCUAAUGGGGGGGAACACAAGUGUCCUUUGUCCGUCCCCGAAAGAAAACCUUUUCCAGAGAAGGCCAUUCAGGCCAGUGGAGAUUCACCUAGAAUAUUAGAAGGGCCCACUCCCACCCGAGGGGCGGGCCUGGGCGAGGCUGAGAUAUUUCUCUUAAUCCUAGAACGACCUCACUGAGUGUACCCACAGCGAGAUUUGGAGGUGCUAGAGUUCGAGGUUGGCCGCUUAACAGCACCAUCCUGAGGUGUCUUUAUAUAAUAUUUUAAUUGAUUUUCUGUCCCUUCCUGGCUACAGCCCUGCAGCUCCCCCACCCCUAUCCUAUGCCCUUCACCCCUAGACCCAUCCUUACAAGACAGAGGCAAGCAGAGAAGGCAUAGCAGCAGCGACCGGCGCUCUGUUUUCAUUUUCCACUCUGGCCAGGGGAUAAACUGGACCCCAGCGGACUCCAACACCAACUCUCUGCUUCCCAGUUACUUUCGAUUUUCUUUCCCUUCUCCUUCUUUCUCUCCCUCUCUGGCAUUCAAACAGAAGCAUAAGAGGACCCACCAGUGGCAACUCUCAGCCUCCUUGCAGGCCAUAUUCCCUGCUGACGUGGUCCUUCCUGCAGGAGAGCCCUUCUGUGAUUAUCUAAUAAUAGCCAGGGUGGCUGAGAAUAGAAUCUGGCUCAAGGACUCUGCACACCCGGGGCAGAGACACUGAAUCUGUGGGUCAGGGCCUGGCAACAUUCCUUGGAGCCUCCCCCUCUGAGCCCACUCUUUGGGCACCCUUAGGCUUGCCUGCCCCCCUUAUAGGGGGCUUUGUCAGCCCUGCCAUCCGCUGUAUUUCAUGUGCUGGUUCCUAGCUAAGGAGAAUUGGGCAGAGCAAACCCUUUCUCUCCCUGGUCUGACAGUUGUGAUCCCGACAGAAUGCGACCUUGUUUGGAGAAGGCGACCUUGUUGGGUUGGCUGUGUUCUGAAACCAGGCUUGGGAGUGUUAUAUAUUUAUUAUAUACAGGCUUAAAUAUACAGACUCAGGCUUAUGCAUGAAUAUAUACAGACUCAUAUUUCCUUGGUGGUUAAUUGUAUAUUACCAUGCCUAUAUUCGCUGGAACACCAUUUUAUGUGCAUGCAAAAUUUUGUUAGUCCUCACUAGAUGAGAGUGGGCUCAUGGAGGCACCGGGUGCACUGAGCAGGCCCUCUGUGCAUGCUCUGCUGGAAAUAUGUGCUCACUGGAAUCGGAGUAUGCGGGUUCCAGUAACCAAUGGAUGCCAUAAAGACUUUCUCAGACCUUAUUGCUUUUGUUGCCCAAGCAGCUGGACUGGGGAAAUACUAAAUCCCUUCUGCUUUCUCUCCACACCUCCUGGCAAACUCUCCCAACUUAGAAAUUAUUUUACAAGGGAGACCAGUUGUCUUGAAAUUGAGUUCUGCGGGAUUCUUUUCACGGGCAUGGUGGGGCUGCAAGCAAUUCUGAGUAGUCAGGGCCCUGGCGCUGGAAGCCUCACUGGAGCGAUGAAGGGAUCAGAGUGGUUAAUAAGGUGGCCUCUGGACAGUGAUCUGGGGCAGCUGCUGGCCAGGGUGCUUGGAGAAGCUUGUGGAAAAGUCAAGCCAAAAGGGGUAGGGAUGCAGUGAAUAUCUGUUUCUCCCCCUACUUGCCCCAGCCGGCCGCUCACCCCGCCCCAUCCCGAUUUGCCUGCAUCCGUGGCGGCAGAUUGGGAGUUCUCUAAGGUCCCCCAAAUACCCAGAUCUGGUUACUGGAUGAACAGCUUUUUAAUCCUCGUCGCUAUCUGAGCCAGGACAAGACCUGGUCAGGGAGACGGCUGGUCCAGGCAGCACGGGAGAGGACGUUGGACCCGCCGCCUGUGGCCUGGAGCACUGAGUAUGGGCUACCAAGGCUGAGAAUUGAUGGGCCUCCUUUCCCAGCCUUUUUCCCUUCCAGAGACACAAAAAGACAGAGCAGAGGGGAAAUAUCAAUGUCAGUGGAAAACCCCAUAAAAGAAAGCAGGGACCAGAGCGGGGCUGGAGGGGUUUUCCGCUACUCUCUCUAGGUGAUCGGGUUCCUCCCAAGACUCUUGUCCAGACAGGCUGCACCAAGAGGUGUGCAGCUUUCUUCCACCUUCCUCCCGCCCUUCAAGGAGGGCAGCCUUAGGCUUUCUGGGCCUUGGUCACCCCAGGCACUGGGGUGACAUUACCCCAGGAUUGUGCCCCUCGCCCAGCCCACGGCCUCUGCCACGGCGCCGCAGCCGCUCCUGUUUAUUGUGUCUGUGAGUUGUUUACUUGUUUUGUCUGCUGCCACCCUGCGUCAGAAACCCGCCAAACCAGAGAACUCGCCCAGGAGAACAAAGUGCAGCGCUAUCCCCGAACUCCCUCCCCUUUCCAGCAACCCCCUCCUGCCCUCACAAGCUCCUGCAUUCUCCCUUUCGGAGGGGAGGAAGCAGAAAUAGUCUUAAAACAGGGCAGCUGUUUAUAGGGUCAGGGGAAUUAUGGGGACACCAUAAACCUCUGGGUGUCCCUGUGGUGGAGAGACUUCUGAGCAGCCCUUCCCUUGCCUAGGCUUUUCUUCCUUCCCCUGGUGACCACUUGGUUAAGGGGGCCACACUCAUUGAGAAAGUUGAGCCCACCCCCAUCAACCCAGUCCCCCACUACCCCACUCCUUUCUGCAGGAGUUUCCCUGAGACACAGGUUGUUGGAUUUUAAAUCAGGGUAAUGUUGGUGGAUUCAUAAAGCUAGAUAUAGCAUGUCAUUCUCCUCCCACACUCCCUCUCCUCAGCCCCCCAAAAUUGCAGUGAAUUUAAGCAAAUCCUACAAAAUUAAAUUGCCCCUUUGCUAAAGAUCAUAUAUGUCUCCAAUCCUGCCAGGUGUAGAGUCAGAUAGUUGGCUUUUGGCCUUUAAUUUUGCUCCUAGCUAUUAAAUUUAAAAGAGUAUCAUUGAAGUAAGUAAUAAUCUCAUUUCUGAAAUUAAUUUCCCCUCCCAGUCUCUCUCUCUCUCUCUUUUUGCCAGCACAGAUUAAAUGGUUCUUUCAGAUCUGCAAACAAUAAAGGAUAAAAUUAUUUAUAGGGAAAUGAGGAUGCUGUUUUAUUGUUGGCGUAUUGUUCCAGAACAUAACAACAUUUUAUUUUCAAGCAGGAGAGGUUAGACCAGGGGGAGAAAGAUGGGGAAAGGAAAAAACAUGAAAGGAGGGCAGGAACCCACAUACAAAACUCCUGCCAUGUAUAACUGGUAGGACAUUUACAAUUUCUAUAUGACAACUCACUGUGAUGUCAUAAUACCGAGUUCUUGAGUUUUAUAAUUCUCAUGAACCUCUCAAAUGGGUCCAAGCAGUGCUUCAUGUGGAGGGGUAUAGAAGAAGCCAGGAGGCUGGGGAUCCUUUGACCCAGCGCAGAGCAGCACACCCCCUAUUGCGGCUUCUUCCUCAUGUGACAUCCUCUUGAGGCCCUAUUCUGGGGGCUGAAAAUAUUCUGGAUAUUCUGCAUUUUAAUUUUUCUCCUGGGCCAAGCAGGGCCACUUGCUUUGCCCCCCUCAAGUGUCCCUAGGCAUCUAAGCUCUCUCCCCAUUCCCAGCUCACAGAGAGCUGUGUCCCCAGGCUCUCCCCAAGCCCCCUCCUCAGCUAAUACUCAGCUGCUUGGAAUAGAGGUGGGAGGCUUGGGCACCAGCCCCCAAAAAGCCAGAAAUGAUUUUUUCCAGAUGCAGCUGGAAGGGGGCUCAGGGCUGAGCGUGAUGGGGUAGAGAUGUUUGGGACCUAUUUUACGUCUUAACCUUAAGUCAGAGAAGUGAAUUGAGAAGCCAAACAAAUGCCAAUGUGAGAGUUUGUAUCUGCUGAUGGUAGCAGCAAUAAGUGAAGUGCUGGUAAGGAAAGGUCAGGCAGAAAUCUGGAAAGAGAGAGGGAGGAGAGGAAAUGUGACAUGAGUUAGCAGAGCCCCUCCAUAUACCUUUCUUCUCCAUUUAAUUGUAAUAAAGCAAAAGCAGCUCGGGUAGCCUCUCAACCUCUUAGAUCAAAAGAGGAAUCACCAGCGCAGGCCUUGGAGGUGUUUGGGGGCAGUUCUCAGCAGCUUAACAUGCCCCAUCUGCCCUCUUCCUCCUUUCCCCCUCCCUGCUGAUCCCCAGCUCCCUUCAACUGGUCACCCCGGGCCCUGUCCCCAAAAUAUUAGCACCCCCAAAUGAUAUCCAUUUCUGUGUUAGGUGUGUCAAAUUUCACUUCUCUCCAUGCCUAAACUUUGAAAGGAGGAGUGUACCUUUUUGGAAUGCGGUGUGUGUAGGGGGGUCAGGUAUGUGCUCAGACAGCUUCCCCCAUCAUAUCUAUGGGAAACUGGAAGCCCCUUAGGUGAGCCAUGCUUUGGUGUUCCCAAACAGCAUUCCCUGCAUUCAGGUUCUCUGGCAGACCAGGAGGCUCUUUGCGAUCUGAUCCUUUGACUAGGAGUUCCAUGGAGAUCAAAGGAGCUUAUUUAUACACAAAACACCAGGCAUUUGGAGUAGAAUUUAUUUUUUAAUUUCUAAAUAAAAAAGUCUAAUCAUAGACCAAUCGGGCCAACUGAGCAGUCGCUCCAGAACAGCAAAGCCUUAACCAAAUAAUGUGAUUAUGAGGGGAGCUGAGCAAUUACUGAAACUCGGCUUUCUCCGUAAGAGGGAUUUUAGCCCUCGCCCAGUGGCACAAAAGGGGCCAGCGGGGCAACCGUUCUUCUCUUGCUCAGAAAAGUGAGACUUGGGGAUGGUGGGGGCAGGGUCGGGCAGCUGCGGUCGCGUCCAGGCAGCUGAGCACCCAGGCCAGGCGCUGAGGCUGAGCACUGAGUCCUGAGGCUCCAGUGCUUGGGUCCCCGAGCAGCCUCCGGAGGCACCGAGCUGUAGUUGCGGCGGCGCGGCAGUCAGGAAUGGAGUAUGUGUAUCUGUGUGCGAGGGUUGGUGAGUUACAAACAUCCGCGCAGAGUUAGGGGAUCUGGGGAGAGAGAGGAGACAGGGAGAACACAACUAAGGAGGACCUCUGGAAAAUAUUGUCCCCAAAUAAAAAUUCCAGAUCUCAUCCCUCUCAUUUCAAAUAUCCCUCCCCAGGAAAUUAAUAUAUUUCCCAGAGCUGAGUGGAAAGCAAAGGCCAGCAAGGUGAGGCCUGCCCACGAACUUCUUCAGGCUGGGUCCAGUCCCACCUACCCUUUCCCCAGUUCAGAGCUCACAGGCCCCCAGCCUUUCCCUGGCCUAAAGGGGAGUAAGGCUGGAGUGGUAGCAUUUAACUUGCCUAGGGAAAUCCCCAAGUGCCCAGGCUGCAAUGCCACCCUUAUCCUUGGGGACUCCAGGCCAGUGACUGCACCCCACUCAGGUCCAAGGCGCAGGCAGUAAAUUUCUCUCCUAUAAUUAGCGCUAUCCAAAGCAUGUGUUUUGCAUUGGAGAGGACUGGAGAAGCAAGUGGCAACUUUUCCCUUGUAUUCUUUUUCUGUGUUUUUUGAAUUCUGUUUUUGAAUCCACUAAUUAAAGCUUCUCUGAAAGUGAAAAUCUGCUCUUGACACCAAGCCCCUUCCGAAUGCCUGAUUUGGGAGGCCAAUGGGCCAGAGCAGCAGCAAGGAGACCUGCAAGCCUGAUGGAGUUGGGGGUAGUGUUCUCUGAUUUCUCUAGGCUCGUUUUAUAGAAACAAAGAACAAGUUCUCUCCCCUCCUUCCCAAGACUUGUGCAUAUUUACAGAGCACAACUGCAGUUUUAAUAAAACAUCUGUUCUUGCUUCUGCUGAUGAGUUUCCAUAAUUGUUUUCAGACAAAUUUAACAGGAAAAUAUAAAUAUAUUUAGAAAAAUCUAAGUCCCAGCUUUCCCCCUAUAGACCGCCAUUCUUUUGCCAAAAAAAUAAAAUUAACAUGAAAUGGGAAAAAGAAAAUAUAAUCCAAUGUAGGGAAGAUCGGGCUCAUCUGACCUGCUCUCCCCCCUUGGAGCGAAUCCUUUCAGCAAAUUUCAGCUGCAUAAUUAAAGAUCUAAGAGAAAGAAGAGGGCUUCUUCUUUCCUCAGGAAUGAAAGGUAAUUGGGGGGGGGGGGUGUUGAAAAUUAAUUUUGCCAAAGGCCUUUAAGCAGUGGAGGAAUUUAUUUGUAUUUCUGUUUCCCCUUCUCUCCCCCUUCCAGCAUUUCUGCCUUUUUCACCCAGCAGCUGGUUUCUGUUCAUUAUAAAUCGGCGAGACCUUUCAGUCUCUGCCCUCUGUUUAGGGACGUCAUAAAACACUUAACUUUCUGGGGCUGAGGCUCACAUUCUGCUUCUCAGGUCGCCAACCUCCCUGAGCCCACCGACUUUAGGCCCCAAUAGAGAAUCUCCCCAACUUUGGGGCCCCUUUCCUCUCCAGACAUGGUUGAGGAGGGGCUCAAGGAAACCUAGGCAUCCUUGCUGGGGGCUGUAAUCCAUGCUGCCCCAGAAGCCCCUUCUUUCUUCCAAGGUCCUUCCCUCCCCCACCCAGACAUAAAAGAGAUUUUUAAAUACAUAGAAAAUCAACACUCAUUGAAAGUGAAACCUCAUUAAGACAUCCUAUCUUCCAUCAUUCAAUUUGUUGUACAUUGCAACAAUUUAAUAUCUUGAAGGAAAUAUCACUGACAUGAUUUAUCCCUCUAGCAAUCUCUCUCUGAAAUUGGAGGGGGGGACAGAGUUACUCUCUCUUCUGGCCUCUUCUACUUGUUACACCACUACCCUUAGGGCAGAAAGGAGGCUGGGAACUCUGAGAGAGGCUACUUGUGUCCAGGGGUGCACUGACUUGUUCCCUAGCUCAGUCCCCAGAGUACUCCUGCCUUGUUGUCUCUCCCCCACCUCUUGCCCUCCAGGGGGCCUGAAGCCUCAGCCAGCUGUUGGAAACCUCUGCUCAGGCAUGCCAUGAAUUCGAGGACAGCUGGAUUCUAGGGCAAAAAGCAACUCACAUUGGUGUCUAUGUUUGUGUACCUGCCAAGUCACCCCAAAAAUGAGAUAACUCAUCUAAAAUUUUUUUCUUAAUUUAAAAAUCCUCUUCUACCCUUUCCCCUUCAUUUCCUUGGGGAGAAGAAAGUGUGGUCUAGAAGGAGGAACCUUUAUAAUUAUAGGAGUCUUUCCCCUUCCCUUCCAAAUACCGACAAAUUUCUGUCCUUUCUGGAGGAUUGGGGCUGUAUUUUCUAAAACCAACACAAAUUGUCUGGCAGGAAGACUCUUCAACCCCCUAACGAGGUUCAUGUAUUAACUAACAUGCUGUCUCCACCAGCUCCUGCACACUGUCUGCUUUUGGGUUCGAAACUUUAUUUUUCCCCCCUAGCGACACUCCAGGGAAACCUUAACGUUACAGAAGAUGAAUAAACGAGUUUUUUCUCAGCAUAGUCCCGUUUAUGGCUUUAUUGCUACCCAUUGAUUACUCCGCUUUGUUACACAGAAGGAAAAGAUCAUAAAAUCCGGCGACAUCCGGGUUCUUGUUAUAGCCAGCUUUCCCCCCCCCAACCCACCCAAAAAUGGUGGGGGGGAAAUAUGAGCUUUCUCUGCUCCCCGCACACUCCCCACCACCCUUCUUUGUCAACUCAAGGCAUUUUCAGCCUAUAUCACGAUAUCAAAUUAAGUUUGGACUAAUCAGGAGAAAACCCCCAUCUGCACACUUUCCGCUGUUUCAGUUCGCCUACUGCGGCUCCCUCACAAGCCUCGGAUUCAGCUGCCUUUUCGUAACCGUCUCUUCCCUUUUUUUAGCCCCAAGAUGGGGGAAUAAAAUGGGCGUUGAGGCUGCUGAGAGGCCCAUCCCCACCACGGGUGACUGGCACUUGGGUGAGAGCUCCUUAGAACCCCUUUCUGAAGUCUCCAAGCCUUAUAGCUCAGGUCCAGGGGCGCCUCCACUGGCGGUGCCCUGAGUCUGGAGGGGGCAGGGGGGCUUCUGACCAAGGCAGGGGCUUGAGCCUGCAGGAAGCUAACUGUCCAUCAGAGCCCCACCAGCCUUCUCUUUCUGGCUGGAUCCUGUGUGAAUUACCCCACCGGCCCUCACUGGCUCCAAAUCAUAAAUUCUCACCAACAUAAACAGGAGUUGAUGUCUCUAGAAAGAUUCUCAGAGUUUUCGUUCUUCCUUUCUCUCUCUCUCUUUCUCUCUGUCUCUCCCCCUCCGGUGCCACCUCCCUACAUUUUACUUCUUUUUCUCCUUUUUCGAUUGCAUUUUUAUACAUUUUCCCUUUUAGGCAAAAAUGCUGGAAGAGUUUUCCCAAAAGAGGGGUCCUGAGGAGGAGGCAGAAGGGAGCCAGGAGGCAAAGGAGAGCAGAUGCGUGGCCCAUUUGCCCACUCCAGCUCUGCCACUGUACCCUGAAGUCUUGCCCCUUUAGACCUAGUUGUUCCCCACAUCCCUACUACAUUCAAGACUCUCAGCCACACUCUACUUACUCAGGGGAACAGGUUUUAUGAAAUUUCUUUCUACUUUUGAUUUUUUUUAAUUAUUGGUGAAAAAAUACUAGUUUAGUGAUGGGACUCACUCCAUGGAGUGUCAAAACAGGAUUUCCUGCAGGAUUUCUAGGGACCCCCCUCCUGUGCUGGGAGGGAGUUCCUCCCUUGGAGAAAUCAGGAUGUAAUUUUAGAAGGGGGCAGAUAUAAAACAUGAAACCAGAUUGAAAAUACAGGGGUUUCUCUAGCCCUGGCUCUGGCCACAGCACAGCAAAGUUAGCUGGGGCUGAGAGAUUUCCUGGUAGUACAGCUCUCCUUCCCUGAGUCCCAAGGCCCUGCUCAGGGACACGCACCCCUCCUUCACCACCAAACCAGUUCCCUUACAUAUAUAUAUAUAUUUAAAAGAAAUCCAAGUCUUACUUUCAAAGCACACACUUAGUCUCAACUAGGGAAUCAACAGAAGCAGAAGCGAUUUUUUUCCCCCUUCUUGACAUCUGGCUUGCGAUUGGCUGGGAGGGGGUCAGCUGACUUUGUCAUUUUGUCUGUCCUGGAUUGGAGCCGUCCCUAUAACCAUCUAGUUCCGAGUACAAACUGGAGACAGAAAUAAAUAUUAAAGAAAUCAUAGCCCGACCAGGUAAAGGCAAAGGGAUGAAUUCCUACUUCACUAACCCUUCCUUAUCCUGCCACCUCGCCGGGGGCCAGGACGUCCUCCCCAACGUCGCCCUCAAUUCCACCGCCUAUGAUCCAGUGAGGCAUUUCUCGACCUAUGGAGCGGCCGUUGCCCAGAACCGGAUCUACUCGACUCCCUUUUAUUCGCCACAGGAGAAUGUCGUGUUCAGUUCCAGCCGGGGGCCGUAUGACUAUGGAUCUAAUUCCUUUUACCAGGAGAAAGACAUGCUCUCAAACUGCAGACAAAACACCUUAGGACAUAACACACAGACCUCAAUCGCUCAGGAUUUUAGUUCUGAGCAGGGCAGGACUGCGCCCCAGGACCAGAAAGCCAGUAUCCAGAUUUACCCCUGGAUGCAGCGAAUGAAUUCGCACAGUGGGGUCGGCUACGGAGCGGACCGGAGGCGCGGCCGCCAGAUCUACUCGCGGUACCAGACCCUGGAACUGGAGAAGGAAUUUCACUUCAAUCGCUACCUAACGCGGCGCCGGCGCAUCGAGAUCGCCAAUGCGCUUUGCCUGACCGAGCGACAGAUCAAAAUCUGGUUCCAGAACCGCCGGAUGAAGUGGAAAAAAGAAUCUAAUCUCACAUCCACUCUCUCGGGGGGCGGCGGAGGGGCCACCGCCGACAGCCUGGGCGGAAAAGAGGAAAAGCGGGAAGAGACAGAAGAGGAGAAGCAGAAAGAGUGACCAGGACUGUCCCUGCCACCCCUCUCUCCCUUUCUCCCUCGCUCCCCACCAACUCUCCCCUAAUCACACACUCUGUAUUUAUCACUGGCACAAUUGAUGUGUUUUGAUUCCCUAAAACAAAAUUAGGGAGUCAAACGUGGACCUGAAAAUCAGCUCUGGACCCCCUCCCUCACCGCACAACUCUCUUUCACCACGCGCCUCCUCCUCCUCGCUCCCUUGCUAGCUCCUUCUCGGCUUGUCUACAGGCCCUUUUCCCCGUCCAGGCCUUGGGGGCUCGGACCCUGAACUCAGACUCUACAGAUCGCCCUCCAAGGGAGGACUUGGCUCCCCCACUCCCUCGACGCCCCCACCCCCGCCCCCCGUGCAGAGAGCCGGCUCCUGGGCCUGGGGCCUCUGCUCCAGGGCCUCAGGGCCCGGCCUGGCAGCCGGGGAGGGCCGGAGGCCCAAGGAGGGCGCGCCUUGGCCCCACACCAACCCCCAGGGCCUCCCCGCAGUCCCUGCCUAGCCCCUCUGCCCCAGCAAAUGCCCAGCCCAGGCAAAUUGUAUUUAAAGAAUCCUGGGGGUCGUUAUGGCAUUUUACAAACUGUGACCGUUUCUGUGUGAAUAUUUUUAGCUGUAUUUGUGGUCUCUGUAUUUAUAUUUAUGUUUAGCACCGUCAGUGUUCCUAUCCAAUUUCAAAAAAGGAAAAAAAAGAGGGAAAACUACAAAAAGAGAGAAAAAAAGUGAAUGACGUUUGUUUAGCCAGUAGGAGAAAAUAAAUAAAUAAAUAAAUCCCUUCGUGUUACCCUCCUGUAUAAAUCCAACCUCUGGGUCCGUUCUCGAAUAUUUAAUAAAACUGAUAUUAUUUUUAAAAGUUUA